AUGAGUUCCCUUCGGUUCCUCGACCUGGUCAAGCCCUUCGUGCCGUUCCUCCCCGAGGUUCAGCAGCCCGAGACGAAGAUCCCCUUCAACCAAAAGUUGAUGUGGACGGGCCUGACACUCUUGAUCUUCCUGGUCAUGAGCCAGAUGCCUCUUUAUGGCAUUGUCUCGUCCGACACCUCCGAUCCGCUAUACUGGUUGCGCAUGAUGAUGGCGAGUAACCGUGGUACCUUGAUGGAACUCGGUAUCACUCCCAUUAUCUCCUCCGGCAUGGUCUUCCAGCUCCUGGCUGGUACCCACAUGAUCGACGUCAACCUCGACCUCAAGUCCGACCGCGAGCUGUACCAGACCGCCCAGAAGCUGUUUGCCCUCAUCCUCUCCGUCGGCACCGCCACCGUCUACGUGUUCACCGGUCUCUAUGGCCCCCCGAGCGAGUUGGGUGCUGGUAUCGUCUUCCUCCUGAUCCUGCAGCUAGUCGUUGCCGGUAUGAUCGUCAUUCUCCUCGAUGAGCUCCUCCAGAAGGGCUAUGGCCUUGGCAGCGGUAUCUCGCUGUUCAUCGCGACCAACAUCUGCGAGUCCAUCAUGUGGAAGGCGUUCUCCCCGACCUCGAUUAACACUGGCCGUGGCCCCGAGUACGAGGGUGCUGUCAUCGCGCUCUUCCACCUCCUCAUGACCUGGCCCAACAAGCAGCGUGCUCUCCAGGAGGCUUUCUACCGCCAGAACCUGCCCAACAUCAUGAACCUGCUCGCUACCCUCCUCGUCUUCGCCGCCGUUAUCUACCUCCAGGGCUUCCGCGUCGAGAUCCCCGUCAAGUCCUCGCGCCAGCGUGGUGCCCGCGGCUCGUACCCCAUCCGCCUCUUCUACACCUCCAACAUGCCCAUCAUGCUGCAGUCCGCUCUGUCGUCCAACAUCUUCCUAAUCAGCCAGAUGCUCUACUCGCGUUUCUCGGAGAACCUCCUCGUCCGCCUCUUCGGUGUCUGGGAGGCUAAGGAGGGCUCCUCGCAGCUCUCGGCCAUCUCCGGUCUCGUUUACUACAUGUCUCCCCCUCUCAACUUCAAGGACGCCCUGUUGGAUCCCAUCCACACCGCCGUCUACAUCGCCUACAUGCUCACCGCCUGCGCCGUCUUCUCCAAGACCUGGAUUGAGGUUUCCGGCUCGAGCCCCCGCGAUGUUGCCAAGCAGCUGAAGGACCAGGGCCUCGUCAUGGCCGGCCACCGUGAGCAGAGCAUGUACAAGGAGCUGAAGCGCAUUAUCCCGACCGCUGCCGCCUUUGGUGGUGCCUGCAUUGGUGCUCUUUCUGUUGCCAGCGAUCUCAUGGGCGCGCUUGGCUCCGGUACCGGUACUCUCCUCGCCGUCACCAUCAUUUACGGUUACUUCGAGAUCGCUGCCAAGGAGGGCGACUUGGCGGGCAUGAAGGGGAUGAUUAUGGGUUAA